AUGCAGCUCAUGGUGCCUGCUAAUCCCAGCAAGCCGGAAAGUCCUGCCCAGCAACAGGUACAUGAAUAUUCGACUGAUUCUGGUUCCGGCAAUUCGCCUGAUUAUAGUGCCGGAGAUACGACUGAUUCUAGUUCAGAAUUAGAGGGGUCAAAGCAAGGAACGGCAAACAAUAAUGGUAAAGGGAAGAAGAAAAGCAAAGACGAGGAAGAUAGGGAGAGUAAAUCAUCAGAUGAUUACUCUGAAAGCGAAGAAGAAGACAGAUUAAGAGAAGAACAGAGAAAGAGGCGAUGGGAACAACAGAGGAAAAAGAUGGAAGAGGAGCAAAAGCGGAAUGAGGAACGAUUGAAGGAAAGAGAACGAAAACACCUGACAAAUGGCCUCCUCCGUGUCCUAAUUACAAGUGAAGAUUCCUCGCGGGAUUUAAAGGAACUGCUGAAGAGCUUGAGAACCACAGAAAGUGAGAUUCAGGAAAUCAUUGAGAAAGAUCGACGGUUUUGUCGCUCGCAAAACAAGGUAUCAUUGUAUAUAAAUUUAUCGAUAUGCAACAACUACAUGACUCCUGAAGGCUGCAGUAAAAAGUCUUGCAAUUCCUUCCAUAUUUGUCCAAAAUAUGUUGUUGAUCUGUGCAUGGACGGUCGAUGCGAAAUGGGACAUGACAUGAAUAGAAUCCACAAUCGCAAAUUACUGAAGCGACUUCAAAUUGAGAAGGCAGACUCCAUCGUCUUGAAGCAAUUGAAGAAGGAAACUGUAGUCGCCCCUGAUCCAUGCAAUGACUACAACGUCGACGGUAAUUGCAAUCAAGGGAAUCAAUGUAUCAAGCUACACCUGUGUGUGGAAUACAUAAUGGGAACGUGCGAAGAAUGUCCUAUAAAUCAUGAGAUUCUGGAUCCUCAAUGUGCAAAAUUGCUAAAGCAGGCCAACGUUAAUCUAGAGCAAACCUCAGCAGAAUUAAAAUGCUUCCUAAAAGGAAAAUGGUUAUUCAACGUGGAUGGGAUUUUGAGAAGAAAAAGAGCCAGGGAAGAGGAAGUGAAAAGGAUAUACCACGCCGAUGAAGACGAAGGAGGAGUGGACAUACCACAAGUAUGCAUGGCGUUGCUGGAUGGAACCUGUCAAGAUGCAGAGAAUGGACGAUGCAAGAAGCUGCAUGCGAACAAGUUUCCCUCUCCCCAUCGAAAGGAACAAGUUUCCCUGGAGGAAUUCAAUCCAGACGAACUUCAUGUCAUCAAGCGGAAGCAACUGAGGGAACUAUUUACAGGGAAUGCCUACGAGGCCGAUUUCAUUAACAUGAAGUUAAAGGACUCAGCGACAAAUGUCACUAUGGACCUGAGAAGGCUUAGCACAGAGUCAGCAGGAAAGGUUCAAGAUGGAAUGAAGCAUGCCACUAAAUGGUUGUGGUAUUAUAAGGAUGGCGGAGGAGCUUGGGUGGAAUACGGCUCAGGCAAUACGGUUAUAGCAUCUGCAGACAUUGAGCGGGAAUUCUCAACCUCUGAGGGAAAGAAAAACAUGACUUCGGAUGUCGGAGGGGAUCACUAUGAGUUCGACUUCCAGAGGAUGUUAGAAAAGAGCACUGUUAAAGGAAUCCAGAUCGAGAGAGAAAUACGUCGCAGACCUGCACCUCCGCCUUUCACUCCUGCAACCCCUGGCGUAUACAAGCAUAUCCCACCCCAUUGGGAUCCCAUGAAGGAUACGGAGACCGUAAAAUUGGUUCCUCUGGUGGCUGGGUCCGACGAAUUUCAACGCGUCAAACAACUCAUGGGAGGUCUAAAUGUCCAGAAAGUAACUAGGAUCCAAAACCCAUAUCUAUGGGAGAUGUACCAGAACAAAAAGCUAGUGUACCUUAAGAAGUACAAAAACGAUUUAGGAAAAGUAAACGAAAUGAAUCUUUUUCAUGGAACCGCUGCGAACAACAUACCCUCGAUCUGCGAGCAGAAUUUCGAUUGGAGGUUUCAUGGGACCGCUCACGGAUCGUCAUAUGGCCAAGGCACUUACUUCGGAACUGCUGCUCAAACAUCUGUUGGUUACGCAAGACAAGGAGCGGGUAUAUUCGUGGCAAAAGUUCUGGUAGGUUUAGCCACUCAAGGCAAUGCCACAAUGACAAAACCUCCACCUGGUUUUGACUCCACUCAUGGGCCAAGCAUGAUCAUCAAAUAUCACGACCAAGACGUCUACCCGGAAUAUCUCGUGGAAUUUUAA